UCUGUCGGGAAUUGAGGCUGUAACUGGCUGGAGUCUCGGGCUGGAUCCCAAACCCAUGGCCGACAGCGAGUUCCGGAGCCCGGACACUGUGCAGCGGCUCCUCCGUGGCUCCUACUCCGCUUCCAACGCUACCGUCCCACUAGCUACGGCUGGGCGCCCGGGCCCCGGGUCCCGAGGCUGCGAGAAUGGCGCCUUGAUGGGAAACUUCGGAAUGUUCAUUCAGGGUCUGCUCGGGGUCGUGGCUUUCAGCCUCUUGAUGCUGAAACGUUUCCGAGAACCAAAGUAUGAGAGGCGACCUUGGAAGAUAUGGUUCUUGGACACCUCCAAGCAGGCUAUUGGGAUGCUCUUUAUCCAUUUUGCCAAUGUUUAUUUAUCUGACCUGACUGAAGAGGACCCAUGUUCAUUGUAUUUGAUUAAUUUCCUGUUGGAUGCUACUCUGGGAAUGCUUCUGAUCUAUGCUGGAGUACGAGUAGUGGGUGUCCUCGUAGAAUGGCGACACUGGGAGUCUCUUCGUUUUGGCGAGUAUGGCGACCCACUGGAGUGCAGUGCCUGGGUUGGACAGUGUGCACUUUACCUGUUAAUUAUGAUGUUGGAGAAGACUGUGGUGAUUGUGGUGCUGCUCUUACCACAGUGGAAGAAGGUAGCUUUACUCAAUCCAAUCCAGAAUCCACAGUUGGAGCUGGCGAUUGUGAUGCUCAUAGUUCCUUUUUUUGUCAAUGCAUUAAUGUUUUGGGUAGUAGAUAAUUUUCUAAUGAGAAAAGGCAAAACUAAAGCUAAACUGGAAGGAGAAGUUGGAGAAGACGAAUCUAGAAGCAGCAACAAGGUCAGAUACAGAAGAGCAGCAUCACACGAGGAGUCUGAGUCUGAGAUCCUCAUUUCAGCAGAUGAUGAGAUGGAUGAAUCUGAAGGUGACGAGGACCUGAGGAGACUGAUGAAUUUAAAGCCUGUUAAAAAGAAGCUGCGAUUUGGGGGCCUCCCCGUAUGACGCAGGAUAGUGCUCUGUCUUUCAGAGUUAACGGAACAUGUGAAAUCUUUUCCUAUUCCAAACUUCAGUAUGAAAAUGGGCUACAUAAAAUAUUGGAGUGGCACAAAGAUAUGAAAGAUGAACAAAAAGAUGAGAUUGCAGUGAUUGUAAAUUUUAUGGUCUCAACUCUCCUCUUUGCACUGAUAUCGAACAUUCCCUAAUCAAAGUUGUCCAUUGUUUGCAAAUGCAAAAUGUACAGGACUGUUGGAUGCUGCAAAACAUUUUUUUUAGCACCAGUCAGGCUUUUGUUACCUUGUUUUAAGUUAUUAAAUCUGUCAGUCAGUCUGUUUUUAUGUUUUAUACAAUGCCCAAGAACUGUGAAUCCUCAACUUUCAAAGGUCAUAACCAGCAGCUGUAAUUGUGACACAGCAUGGUCACAGGUUGGAGAUCUGAUCGGUAUGAAAAAUCUCAGCAAUUACUAAAUUGAAAAUACUGUAAUAGCAGAAAAUUCCACACUGAGAAAGGGCAAAGCAGCUGUUGGCCUGUUCCAUUCUUUUGUGACUUGUCCAGGCUGUUUCCUCUGGGCCUGUCUCCCUGUUCUCCAUCAUUUCUAGUCAAAUCAUGAUAAACAUGCUUUAUUUAUUAUAAAUUUACCUGUGGGACAAAACGAAUGCUACUUUGCAGCAUGGUUUCUUAAUGGGAUAUGAUUCUCAACAGCAACAAAGUAUUCAAUUUCAAAACCAGGUCAUCUCUUUUGAGACUUUACAAAGCUCACUAACAGAGCAUUGAAGGUAUAUGUUACCUGUCUGUUCUGAUCAAAAACAUUCAACCAUUUAAAACUAUUUCAUAAUGAUGUUUCUAACCCAUACUGGCUCUGACAGGCAAAUAUUAAUUAAUUAAUU